GGUAUCUCUUGUUGGUUGCUAUUUCGAGAAUGAAGUCGUCCUUGUUGUUGAUGGUAUGCGCGUUGGCGGCGUCGGCAACGGCGGCGGCGACGGCGGGAGCGACGGCGAGCGCUCCGCAGCCGCUGCAGGGCUACCACGAGGCGGCCGGCGUGCCGCUCGCCGCGCGCGUCCGCCAGCACGAGCUGGCGCUCGCCAGCGGCCGCAUCAUCGGCGGGGUUCCUGUCAAUGUUGGAGCACACCCCUACCUGGGCGGGCUCAUCAUCACGCUCGUGGACGGGCGCACGUCCAUCUGCGGCGCGUCGCUGCUGCGGCCGCGCAAGGCGCUGACGGCGGCGCACUGCUGGUGGGACGGGCGCGCGCAGGCGCGGCUGUUCACCGUGGUGUACGGCUCCGAGCGCCUGUUCGUCGGCGGCACGCGCGUCAGCACCUCCGACGUGGAGAUCCACGCCAGCUUCAACCCCGUCACAUAUGCCAACGACAUCGCCAUCAUCACUCACCCUUACGUCGAAUACACAGCAUACAUCCAGCCCAUCCAGCCGGCCAGCGGCUCCCUGACGUACGCGGACACGUGGGCGACAGCCGUCGGAUACGGCCGCAGCUCUAACGAAGUAAUGUCGGUGGAGAAUAGUGACAAAAGGCAGGUGAUGCUGCACGUGAUGACCAACGCCAACUGUCGGCUGACGUGGGCGACGGUGAUGAUCGGCAACGGCGUGCUGUGCACCAGCAGCGCCGGCGGCAUGAGCGUGUGCGCCGGCGACUCGGGCGGCCCGCUCGUCAUCGGCGCCGGCGCCGACCGCACCCUGAUCGGCAUAGUGUCGUUCGGCGCAGACGCGGGCUGCAGCUUCGGCUUCCCCGCCGCGCACACGCGCGUCACCGCGUACUCCGCCUGGAUCGACGCUAGGCUCUAGGUUAAGCUUUCAUUACCUAAACUUUAAACAAUAUUUUUUAGGUUUAAUUAGUUAUCUACUAUUUAUUGUGUAUUAAACAUAUAUUUUUACAAGAA